GGGUUAUACUGUUUUGUUUUCUUCUAUUUUUAGUGGGACAGUAUUGUUAUUCGCCGAUUUUGUAGCAAUGACAAUAACUACGAAAGUCAAAUAGGUACAUUUCGAAAGAAAAAACAUUCGAAAACCAUUCGGAAUAUUAUAUUCCAUUAAGUGCUGGAGGAUUUAUCCUGAAUAGUUUAAAAUAAAAAACCAUUUUACUUGAGUCGGGUCGGUAAAUGUCUUCGAAAUAUUUCUCUACGCUUAACCAGUGCUUGUGGUACCGACGGCGGUCCUAACCCUGGUUAGUGGUUAGGUCCGUGCUACGCACGCGGGCUCGCGUUUGCCGCAGACAGAAAUCGAUUUUGCGACGCACCUGUUCGACCGCUCACCCGGCGACCACUCCGAUUGCGCGAAACGCAUCGUCAGUCGUCAUCGUCACUGCGAAGCAGCCACAUGGUCUUGGUUCGGUCCCGUUCCCGCGCCGUAAUCGCGUUCAAAUCCGUUGGCUUCCGCGGGACCAAAAAAUCAUCGCCGCACCAUCAUCGUCACAGCCUGAAGUCCGGCUGUCACCGUGCUACACGCGUUAUCCCUGUCAAUCGGCCGGGGCUCGUAGGACGCUUGUCUUGGUCAAUGGUUUUUAUUUGAAAUUUUUUACAUCCCCGUUUUACCGCAGCGUUUCCACAAUGCAGACGAAGUCAGUGGCGUUUGCGAUCCGCACAAACGUCGCGUUCGACGGCGAAAAGGACAACGACUUGCCGAUCCAUGGUUGUUGCGCGAUCUCGUUUGACGCGCAAACUUUUUUGCACAUCAAGGAAAAGUAUGACAAUAACUGGUGGAUAGGUCGCUUAGUGAGGGAAAAUUCAGAUAUGGGAUUUGUACCGUCUCCCAUCAAACUUGAAGUUCUUCGUAUGAUGGAUCAAUCACAAACUUCAACAACAUCUACUUCAAAAAAAUUGCCCUUGUUCAAUUUAGCUAAAAUUGAUAAUCCCAUUGAACAUAAUCGUGUAUCUACUUUAACUGUCCCAACACCCAAAAACAAACAAAACAUUUUUUUUAAAAAACAAGUGAUACCACCACCACCCUACGAUGUUGUACCCGCAAUGAGACCGGUUGUGUUAGUUGGACCUUCUCUAAAGGGUUAUGAAGUGACCGAUAUGAUGCAAAAAGCAUUAUUUGAUUUUUUGAAACAUCGUUUCGAAGGAAGAAUCAUCAUUACUCGCAUAACAGCUGAUAUAUCUUUAGCAAAAAAAACUCUUUUUAAUAAUCCUUCAAAAAGAACUAUUAUUGAAAGGGAACCGGGUCUAAAAUCACAAUGUAAUGUAAUGAUUAAUGUGCAACAGGAAGUUGAACGCAUUUUUGAACUAGCUCAAACAUUACAGCUUGUUGUUUUAGAUUGUGAUACUAUUAAUCAUCCAUCGCAAUUAGCGAAAACUUCUUUGGCACCAAUCAUAGUUUAUAUAAAAGUUUCACCUCAAAUACUUCAACGAUUAAUUAAAUCUCGAGGGAAAUCACAAUCUCGACAUCUUAAUGUUCAAAUGGUGACGUCUGAAAAGUUAGCCCAGUGUUCACCAAAAAUGUUUGAUGUAAUACUGGACGAAAAUCGGCUGGAGGAAGCGUGUGAACACAUUUCCGAGUACUUGGAAUCAUAUUGGCGAGCCACACAUCCACCUUUGACGCAAAAUCCUAACGAAUCACAAUUGUUUACGAAGCCUAAAAGAUCACCAAAUAUAGAUUUUUCUCCAGAAAUUUCGAAACUUAAUAAUAGCACUCGUGAAUAAUAUUGUUUUAGUUAUAUUUUUUGUACAUAAAAAAAUAAACUGAUUGUGUUUGUUUA